AAAGCGCCAUGGCCGAGGCGGCUCCGGCGGAGUGUCCAGAGUGGGGCUCGGCGGCCCCCGUGGUGUCCUCCGUGGCCCAGCUCCCGGCGGCCGAGAUCUCCCUGCUGGCCGUGGUGGCCGCCGUGCAGGCCGUGGAGCGCAAAGUGGAGGCCCAGGCGGCCCGGCUGCUGAGCCUGGAGGGCCGGGCGGGCUCGGCCGAGAAGAAGCUGGCCGACUGCGAGCGGACGGCGGCCGAGUUCGGGAGCCGGCUGGAGGGCAAGUGGGCCGUGCUGGAGACGCUGCUGCAGGAGUACGGGCUCCUGCAGAGGAGGCUGGAGAACAUGGAGAACCUGCUCAGGAACAGGAACUUCUGGAUCCUCCGCCUCCCCCCGGCCACCAACGGCGAGGUCCCCAAGGUGCCGGUGAUCAUCGACGACGUGGCCGUCUACUUCUCGGAGCAGGAGUGGGGGAACCUGGACCAGGGGCAGAAGGAGCUCUACAAGAACGUCAUGAAGGGCAACUACGAGACGCUGGUCUCGCUGGACUACGCCAUCUCCAAACCGGAUCUCCUGACCCAGAUGGAGCGAGGGGAGGAGCCGUGUGGUCGGGAUCAGUCCGGUGCAGUGGAAGCGGGGAUUCCUCCGCACCCUGCCGCUGAAAUGGAAUCCCCCACGACCCCACCCGUUGGCUUGCCCUGGAUUAAGCAGGAGGAUGAGUCUUGUGGCAAGGGCCAGCAGCAGAGCCCUGGGAAGAGAGAAAUCUCCACCGACCUCUGCACAGCGGAUGAUUGGCUGAUGAGCAAGGAGAAGGAGAAGAGCACGGAAGUGGGGCAGGAGAGCCCGGCCUGGCCGCCUCCGGGCAAGGCCCAGGGGCGCCUCUGCCAGGGUGCGGAGACGGGGGCGGACCGGGGGGCCUGCGAGAGCCCGGCCCGCCCGGCGGCGGCGGCGGCGGCGGCGGCGAGGAAGGCCGGCCCUUGGGAGGGGGACUCGGGCGCCCCGCUGACCGGGCCCCGCCGACCGGGGCCGCCCGCGGCCCAGAAACCGUACCCCUGCGGCGAGUGCGGCAAGAGCUUCACCCGCAAAGAGCACUGCGCCCAGCAUCAGCGGGUCCACAGUGGUGAGCGGCCCUUCGCCUGCAGCCAGUGCCCCAAGAGCUUCGCCCAGCAGGCCAACCUGACCAGCCACGCCCGCGUGCACACGGGCGAGCGGGCCUACACCUGCGCCCAGUGCGGCAAGAGUUUCAUCCACCAGUCCACGCUCACCACCCACUACCGCACCCACACUGGCGAGAAGCCUUACCCGUGCGCCGAGUGCGAGAAGCGCUUCAGCCGCCUGUCCACCCUCCUGGAGCACCGGCGCACCCACACCGGGGAAAAACCAUAUCAGUGCGCCGAGUGCGAGCGGCGCUUCAGCCGCCUGUCCACCCUGGUGGAGCACCGGCGCACUCACACGGGCGAGAAGCCCUACCAGUGCGCCGAGUGUGAGAAGCGCUUCACCCGGCUGGCCAACCUGACCGUGCACCAGAACACCCACGCGGGGGAACGCGCCUACAAGUGUGCCGAGUGCGGGAAGCGCUUCGCCCAGAAGCCCGGCUUCCUGCGGCAUCUACGCGGCCACACGCAGGAGAAGCUGCACCCCUGCGCCCAGUGCGGCAAGAGCUUCGUCUGCCGCUCCUGGCUUGUCCGGCACCAGCUGGUCCACGCCGGGGAGCGGCCCCGCCCCUGUGCCGACUGCGAGAGGGGCUGCCCGCCGCCGGGAGACCCCCCACCCGGCCCCGCCGGGGACGGGCCCGGCGGCCCGGAGCGGCUCCGGCCCCCGGAGGGCCCGACGGGGAGCCGCCGGCGGAAGCAGCCCUCGGGGGCCCCCGAGGGCCUCCGGACUCCAUGGGAGAGGGCGCCCUGCCUGACCAGCGCCCAGAAAAGACCCCACCUGGCCUCCUGGCCCCGGCGCAACGGGGCGGCCAGCGUGCCCAAAGGUGACCGGAGCGGGCCGGGGGUCUGGCCCGAUUGGACGUUCCCACCCCUGUACAAAAACCCUGGAUUCGCCCUGGGGCUGAACGAGAAUCUUCUCUUGGGCCGGGGUGCCCUCCACCUGGUCAUUUCUGCCUAUGAGCCCCUGAGCCGACCCCAUCGGCUUCCCCGAGGCCUCGCGGGACCACGGGAGUACCUGGAUUUGACCCAGAGGCCUUCUGAUCUGCAGUCAAGCGCCUGA